AUGGGCUCACGCGUAAUUCUGCAGUUCUCGCCUUUAGAGGUAGAGUCAGUCUCCUCGCCACCACAACGUCAAAUUCAGCCUUCGCUAGAGAAAAAGUGUCUUGUAUGCACUACUUUCAUCUUGUCCAAGCGGGCUGAAGUGGCGAACACACCAUCAGGAUCUCCAGGAAAGAAACGUAAAGGCGAGCCAGACCUAGUUCCAGUCUCCCACUUCGACAUCAAACUAGGCGAACAGAGCAAAGCGACCACAGCUCUUCAUGAAGCACUCGCAACAUCAAAACGGAUUGAGCUUGAUCAUCCAUUCGUUGAAAAUGGCCGGAUUUGCGGUCCUAUAAAUCUCAACGACUUGUUGCAUUUGUUCCCGACGACACGCGGCGUUAACGUCGGGUCUUUCGUAACCUUUUGGGUCCAAACCCUGCCCCCGAAACCUUGGCUGCUAUCAAUCGGAGGACUGCCGGUACAUUUUUCGACUAGCAAGCAUGAUAGUUGCUUUGAUCCAGGCGAAAGCGCCAAGGGCCCACGGAUACUAAAUCACAUUAACCUUCAAAGCCAACGUUAUUUCUCAUACGACAUCCUUCGAGAAGUCGUCGACGCCCUGCAAGGGAUAAAAACCAUCAAGCUAAUAAGUGUUUUCUGGCUUACAGGUAUAUGGCAAAUUACUAUCGCCGAACGUGUAGACAGGAAAGUCUUACCAUCCUUCAUUUGCUCUAAUGCCGCUUUCUACAAGUUUGCCUCAGAGAUCGCUUAUCCGGAUCCGUCAGUACUGAGAGAAAAGGCACCACAAGGCACCGAGUUCGAUAAUUCCCUAUAUGUGACUUCACUAAAUGCGCUACUUCGCCCUGGCAUUAUUCUGGGUUCAUCAGCUGUACGCGGCGUUGGCGAUAGCAAGCUAUGUUACAAGCAGACCAGCUCCGGGAUCCUCGUCAAAGAUCAGCAAGGUUCUCUCUUCAUUACAGUUGCGUCUCACGGCUUCGAAGAUGAUGGUCUGGUUUACCACCCGGAUCCAGAUACCGGUGUCAUUAUAGGUAAGAUCGUAAAGGACCUCCCAGGGACAGGUAUAUCUCUCGCGAAGCUAAAUCCGGGGCUUCGAUACGUUAAUGAGACCUUCAGAACGAGUGGCCACCCUCUCGGCAUUCAAGUGGACGGAAUUUCACCAGGCCAUUCGCCUCAGCUUCGAUCAUUUGAUACUAUUUCGAUGAACAAUCCGUUCUCAGGUGAUUGCGGUGGACUUGUCUUCGGGCUUGGUUGCAUUAUUCCGGAAGAUAGUGAUCACGACUAUGUGCAACAUCAGUGGAUCAUUUUAGAAGAUGGGGACGAACCAGUUGACAAGAGUUGUGGCUCCCCAAUAAUCGAUGCUAACGGACAAGUUGUAGGCUUGUUUAGGUACAAGAUGCCGAAUUCGCGCGAUUGCUUUGCAGUUUCGGCUCAGACACUUUGGGAUUAUGGAUAUGAGAUCUGUGUUGGAGAGCAUACUUUUCAAGAUAGAGAUACUACUUGUGUAGUUAGCUAG